AUGGGGGAAUAUCAGCAGAUACCUCCUCAGAUCCCUCUGUGGCUUGACUGCGACCCAGGUCAUGAUGAUGCAUGCGCCAUCCUCCUUGCCGCGUACCAUCCAUCGCUUGACCUUAUUGGAAUCAGCACGGUGCACGGUAACGCGUCUCUGGCAAACAUCACAGUCAACGCUCUCAGCGUGCUCGAAGCAAUAGGCAAACCGAAGCUGCCUGUCAUUCCCGGCUCAGCCCGACCAUUCUGCCGCCUCGCCCACACCGCAUCCGCCACCCACGGCGCCAGUGGACUCGCGGGCACCAGUCUCCUGCCUGAGCCCUCUCGUUCAGCCCUGACGCACUGCAAUGCGAUCCUGGAAAUGCGAGAUGCUCUGCGUGCCCAGCCGAAAGACACAGCAUGGUUGGUUGCCACCGGACCGUUGACCAAUAUCGCGUUAUUGUUCGCUCUCGACCCGGACCUGGCGCAUCACAUUGCCGGUUUGUCCAUCAUGGGCGGCGCAAUCGGGGGCGACUUCACGGAUGUCAUCAUGGGUCGCCCGCCAGAGCUUGACUCGAGAACCGGUGCCACUCAAAAGCGGAUCGGGAAUCGCACCCCCUGGGCCGAGUUUAAUAUCUGGGCUGAUCCGGAGUCGGCGCGAGCCGUACUGCAGAACCCCUUGCUCCAGCCCAAAACCACACUCAUCACCCUUGACGUGACGCAUCAAGCCUAUGCAAAUCCAGAUGUCCAGAAUACUCUGCUGCAUGGCGCCCACGGCCCCACACGUCUUCGCACCAUGUUCAACGAACUUCUCAUGUUCUUUGCAGAGAGAUACGCCGACGUCUACGACCUGACCCAGGGUCCACCCCUGCAUGACCCUAUCGCUGUGGCGGUUCUUCUGGGAACCCAGAUGGAUGAGGCUAUGCGCAUCGGAUUCAACGACAGAGGUGGUGAGAGAUGGAAUGUCGACGUUGUCUUGGAAGGCGAACAGUUGGGCCGGACCGUGGCUACGAAAGCCGAGAGUGGGAAGGGGGUGACGAUUCCGCGUUCGCUGGACCUUGCACAAUUCUGGCGCAGCUUGGAGUCCUGUAUGGCCCGAGCGGAUGAGGCUACGGGUUAUGCCAAAUAA